GCUGGCGUCCUUGCCUUCAAGUACAUGGCGGUCGGAUACUCGCUGCCCGUAAAUGUCACCUUUGGAGGUUCCCACAAGAUCCAGAUGGAGUUGGAUGCGGAGAACAGAGGUCCACCUCUUCUGAAUCUUGCUCUGCCUCUCUACGUGAAGAUCCCGGUGGCAGAACUGAUCGCGUAUCUGGCAGAUUGCACGAAGGCUUCGCAGCCGGCAGAAGCAGACAGGAAACCUGUGGAGGCGGUCCGAGCCACGAAGGACAAGGUUGAAGAGGAACCUGUACUUCCUCGGCCGCCCCCGCCGCCCCCAGAGAGGAGAGAGGCUCCGGAGCCUCCCCGGCAGCCGCAGAAGACGUGGAGUUGGGAUGAUCCUGUCUAUGCGAUGCAGCCAACCUAUGCCUCCUACGCCAACAAGCCAGAGCACAAGUGGCGGAAAGGUGAUUUUGACGACCAGGGCGGUGUCCCCGUCCUCGGGUUGAAAGAGGAGUUUAGGGACGCGAUCUUCACGCCCUUCGAGUUGCCAAAGCGGAUUGGGAUCACGCACGCCAACUACCAGGAGGCCGAGAAGAUCGGAUCUGCAGGACGAAUAGGCUCCUCCACAGAUUCCGCCAGGGGCAUCCUUAGUUCGCCCACUCCAGCAACGACAGCAGCUUCCAGGCCGUCGUCGAGUAUCACAGCCGAUGGGAAGAUCACCGGCGCACCGAGAGAAAGCUUCAAGGCCCCCGCUGACGAGGCACUUGACAACUUCUCACCGCCGAAGGCUACGGCACGAAAAAUAUAUCCGGAGCGAGAAUGCAGGCAGCAUUAA